UGCACUCCGACAACUGAGUGAAAGGGUGAUUGAUACGACCAAGAUUUCUAUCAUGUCUUUGUAGAUCAAGAAAAGGCCUUCGAUCGAGACAACAGAGACAAGCUAAGGAAGGUACUUGAGCAAUAAGACGUCAAAGGGCAGCUGUUAGACAACAUCCGGGCCGUCUAUACCAACAGCAGGCAUGCAGUCCGCACCACAGUGGAACAUCUGACUGGUUCCCAGUAACACCGGGGGAUAGGCUAGGCUGCAAUCUCUCCCCUCUGCUCUUCCAGAUCUACAUGGACUACACAGGAGGACAAUCGAGCCCCCCAUGCACUCAACGAACUCAUGUGUGCCGAUGACCAGGCAAUGGCGAAUGAUGACAAGACACAUCUACAGAAGCACACGGACCAGCUCAACAAAAGCUGCGAGAACUACAACAUGAAGGUCAACAUGUGUAGGCCUGAGGUCAUGACCGUCAGCAGACCAGAAAAACUGGAUUUCGACAUCAACGGGACCCACCUGAAACAAGGUAGUGAAUUCAAGCACCUGGCAGCAUCAUUACUGAAAAGACAGAGAAAUUGGGACCAGAUGCCAGAAAGGCAACGCAGUCAGCUACCAACUCACCCUUAUCCUGAAACAUCCCAGCAUUCCCCCAAGCACCAAGACAAAAUUCAACACCGUUUUACGGUGCCAGACAUGGUCCCGAACAAAAGCUCUCAAGAGAAACCAAGUCACCUGUGAGAUGAAAUGCCUGAGAAAAGCAGUGACAGGCGAGACAAGAACAGAAAUGAGGCGAUAAGAGACAUGGUAGGAGCAACACCAGUCCUACAACACGUGGAACAACAGACGAUCAAGUGGUUCGGACACCUCACACACUCAUGCCUUUAAACCAACCAGCUCUUCGGACUUACAACACCAGAUGCUCUGGCUGGAGAGCCAGAGGAAAACCAAGACAACGCUGGAUCGACUCUGUGGCAGACAUGCUCAGAGCCCACGAGACGUCCCUCCUUCAGGCCACUCACCCUGCUGCUGACAGACGACUGUGUCUCCCUGCGACAUCCACCUGUACAAGGGAAAGGAAAAUGAAGAUCCUGCAAACAACACAGCUGUGAAUGAAUCCCCAACGUCCUCAACAGAAUUUAAGGUAGAAGCAUCCGAGCAACCGGACUCCUCCAAGAUUGAAGUGGUCUCUGUGACGGAGGAAGACCUUCCCACUAUCGAGACCCCAAAUACAAUAAACGUCAGCCCCCUGGGUAGCUUAAAUGCUGACUCACAUUCUGAGAACAACUUGAGCAAACCUGAUUCCCGGACUUUAACUGCAUGUAGUCCAACCAUGCCAGUCACCAAAGUGCAGCCAUUUAUGACUGAAGAUGAUUUGGACAAAAAAUGGAAGAAAAGACUGCUGGCUCAUCGCAUGGAGUUGAUCAUUGCUACGUGUAUCAUCGUGGUGGUCACGCUUGCUCUUGGCAUUGGCCUUGGAGUGGGUCUCAGCUGUGUGGGGAAGUUUCGUUGCGGCUUUUCUUCUCAGUGCAUAAGAAGCUCAGCACAGUGUGACGGAGAGGUGGACUGUGGCAAUGGGGAGGACGAGCUUGGCUGUGUGCGUCUCAGUGGGCGGAGUUCAGUCCUGCAGGUCCAGAGAGGGGGUGUGUGGAGGACAGUCUGCUCAGAGGACUGGAAUAAUUUGCUCGGAGCGUCUGCCUGCAAACAGCUGGGAUACACUAGUUAUGUGGAGUCAUUCUUCAUCCCACUGACCGCCAUUGAGGAGCGCCUUCAGUACAAUUUGGUGUCCAUCAACCUGAGUCAAUCGCAGAUCAUAAAGCUACAAAACGCUCCAACGUUCAGUAAAACCCAAUGCACCUCAGGAAAAGUGACAACGCUGAAAUGUCUGGAGUGUGGCUUCAGGCCUAAGUACGCAACUCGUAUUGUCGGGGGGAACCUCUCCAGGCCUGGCCAGUUUCCCUGGCAGGUUAGCCUCCAUUUCAGCAGUGAACAUCUGUGUGGCGGCUCCAUCAUAACGUCCCUCUGGAUUGUCACUGCAGCACACUGCGUGUUCGGGUUUACAGACCCUUCCAUGUGGACAAUCCAUGUGGGACAGACGGAGCAGCCAGUCCAUGGUGCCCAGUCUCUUGCAGUGGAGCAGAUUAUAUACCACACUCGUUAUCGCCCCAAAGGGCUGGAUUACGAUAUCGCCCUCAUGAAACUCACCAAGCCCCUUGUUUUUAAUGGGUUUGUGGAGCCCAUCUGCCUGCCUAAUUAUGGGGAGGAAUUUGAGGAAGGCACGAUGUGCUGGAUCUCUGGAUGGGGGGCAACGGAGGAUGAAGGAGAGACCAGCGUGUUUUUACGCUCCGCAAUGGUGCCCAUCCUUUCCACAAAGACCUGCAACCAACCAGAGGUCUACCAGGGCCUCAUCUCUCCAUGGAUGAUCUGUGCAGGGUACUUGGAGGGAGGAACUGACUCCUGUCAGGGGGACAGCGGGGGUCCUCUGGCCUGUGAGGACACCUCUCGAUGGAAGCUGGUCGGUGCAACGAGUUGGGGUAUUGGCUGUGCUAUAAGAAACAAGCCAGGCGUUUACACCAGGAUCACGCACUCACUUAGCUGGAUCAGGCAACAGAUGGAGGUCAGUGCAUGUUAUUGUACCAUACAAUACAACAGCAAUGAAACGUGGAUAUACAGUACUUUAGAGUAG